ACCCAGUUAAUACAAACAGCUAACGAUUAGUCAAACUAGGCAGCUAUCUAAUAGCUAACAACUUCUAACCAAACUAGCUAAAAAGUUAAUUAACUUAAAAUUUUAGGUGACAUUAUAGCUAAUUUGACUUGCCAUUUUGGGAAGAAAAGGGUCUUCCUCUCCCUUCCCCGUUUCCCUCAUUACCCCUUACUCAUUUUCCCAAAUCUCGAAGGGAACCGAGACAAAAUCCUUUUCGGUGUUCUUGAGAAGCGAAAAUACAAUCAUCCAUUUCACAAGGCUGUAGAAAUGCAACUCAACGUUGUUUCUGACGACCCUUGUUCGGAAAAUGUCGUCAGUACAGAAUUGAAUGGUGUGCCUGAUGUUCCUGUGGAUGAAACCCUAGUUCAAGAAGAGGGUUUGAGGGGGAAGAGAGAGUCUGAGGGUAUGAAGGUUGAUUAUGUUUAUGUCGGGGACGGGAAUUGGAAGGCGGUUUCGGAGCAUUUGAGUGAUAGAGGAGAGGCUAGCGGUUUAAAGGGUGAAAUAGGUUAUGUGAAUGAUGCUUGUGUUAAGAAGGAAGGAAAAGAUUUAGGAAAGAAUUUCGUAGCUGUUGAGGGUGUAAUUAAUCAGGAUAAUCCCAUUAAGGCGAAUAUCAAUUCGUUUGCACAACAGUUUUUUCUUAGUCCUGUUAAUGUGGAUAGAAGUGGUAAAGAAGUGGAGGCAAAGAAAACUGUGGAGAACCGAUCAGUUGAGGUUAAAAGUCAGGCUGCCACGAGUGAGAAAGAGGACUGUGGGGUUGAUGAUGAUGGAGGAGGGUUUUCCAAUCAUAAGGGAGUGAGUCUUGUUGUUGAUUUAGACAAGUGUAUCAGAAAUGAUAAGAAAAAGGGGAAAAAGAAAGGUGGGUUUUGUGCAUCAGAUUUGGUUUGGGGCAAAGUGAAGAGCCAUCCUUGGUGGCCGGCACAGAUAUUUGAAUCUGGGGAUGCUUCGGAGAAGUCUAGAAAAUAUUUCAAUUCAAAGGGUUAUUUUGUGGGUUACUUUGGGGAUCAAACUUUUGCUUGGAAUGACGAGACAAAGUUGAAGCCUUUUGCCCCGAAUUUCUCCCAGAUGGUGAAACAGACUCGUAUGGAUGCUUUUCGACAUGCUGUGGAUUGUAUUUUGGUUGAAACCUCUAGGCGGGUAGAGUUCGGUCUCUCUUGUCAUUGUAUUGUUGACGAAGUUUACAACCAAUUAAAAACUCAGGUUGUUGAGAAUGCUGGAAUCCUUGAACAAUCAAGAGUUCGAGAAGGAGGUGACAGAUUUUUUACUGCAUCAUCUUUUCAGCCGGUGAAGUUUCUUGAUUAUGUAAAUGAUUUGGCACAAGGGCCACAUGCUGAUGUUGACCGACUUGAACACGUGAUAGCCCGAGCUCAAAUGGCAGCCUUCUAUAGAUGGAAGGGUAUUUAUCAUCUAGCCGAAUUUGGAUCCCUGAUAGGGUAUGUGAAUAAUGAGGCUGAUGCUCCGGUCACUGCUGACAAAGAGAAGUGUGAAGUGAUUGCUGAUGGCAAUCUUCCACCAAUAACCAUUGAAGAAGAUGAUAUCAGGCCUCAGAAAAGGAAGAAAACUUCCAGUGAUGGUGGACAAUCGACUAAAAAAGCCAGGUGCUUCUCUGACUUGAUAGGUAAGAAGGGCUUACAAAAGAAAGAUGACAAGGAAACUAAAGGAAAAUCUGGCAGUAAACCCAUCUCACCUUCUGCCAGGAGACGAAAGGAGAUCAAAACAACUAAAGAAUGCAGUCCCUUGGAAACAAGUAUCCAAUUUAAAGACACAAAACCGUCUUAUAAAGUCGGAGAAAGCAUUCUAAGAGUUGCUGGUCAAUUGAGUCAGCCAUCGCCUUUACUUAAACUUGAUUUGGCAUCUCAUGGGAAGAAAGAUAAAGGUAACAGCAAGCAAUGCAGCAAAAUCACUUCUAAGUAUGCUUCUCUUGAUGUAAUUCUUUCCGAGCUACACUUGGCUGCUAUUGAACCUCUCAAAGAACUCAGUUUGUUGAGUAAGAUGGUCACUUUCAUUUCCGAUUUUAGAAAUUCAAUUGUCCCUGACAGUGAGCUCUUGCAGAAGCACGAGGAGUCCGGAAAGGAAGGUACAAGUAGCAGUGAUAAGGAAGGACUUUACGAGUCAGGACCUGCUGAAAUUUGCAAAGAAGAGUAUUCUUCUGCUACCAAGUCUAAAUCAAAGGCACCCGAGUCUGAAAUUACGACACUAUCAGACGUCGAAGCUGGAGAAGAUGUCAAGUUGAGCAACAAAACCAUCAAAGUCCUUGAGCAACAAACUUCCUUGAGUGAUGUCAAGUUGCCUGUAGUUGAGCCUGAUCAUUCCGAGGUAGAUGGAAUAUCUGUCUGUUCACAGGAGAUAGGCUCUACAGUUUCAUCUUCUCAGCAGCAUUGUGGAUCUGAAAAUGGUACAUCAGAAGGGGGUCAAGUGGAUGAGAAAAUGCAGCAGGAAGAUUCACCAACAGCUUUAACUCUGAAAUUCACUGACAUGGAUUCUAUGCCUACAGAAACCAAGUUAAUUAAUGUUUUCAGCCACUUUGGUUCCUUGAAGGAAUCGGAGACUGAAGUAGUGGCCAAAAAACUAUGUGCCAGGGUGGUGUUCAAGAGACGUUCUGAUGCUGAAACAGCCUUCAGUAGUUCUGGGAAGUUUAAGAUAUUUGGACCUUCACUUGUUUGUUAUCGGCUUAACUAUGCGCCAUCUCCACGCAAAUCUCCAUGCAAAUCUCCAUCUGUUGAUGCUAAGCGUAGAAAGAAAGAUUGAACAUUUGUACAAGGAAAUGCAGCUGGAUGCUUAAGUGAUAUCGCUGUCUGUACCAGGGUGGUGUUCAACAGAAGUUCUGAUGCUGAAAUAUCCUUCAGUAGUGCAGGAAAGUUUAAGAUAUUAGGUAAUUCAGUAGUGCAGGGAAGUUCUGAUGCUGAAACAGUCUUCAGUACCUUUACAUGUUUGUUGUCGGCUUAACUAUGCGCCAUCUUCACGCAAAUCUCCAUCUGUUGAAGCUAAGUGUAGAAAGAAAGAUUGAAUAUUUGUAGAAGGAAAUGUAACGGGAUGCUCAAGUGAUAUUGCUGUCAACUUGUAAUUAGGUAAUUUUACACAGUAUGCCCAUUUCUGUACUUAUUUCUAGGCUGCUAAGCUAGGAAGAAAACAUCUCGAUUGAAAUCUUUUUAAGGAUGUUGACUACAAUGACAUCUUGUAGUCAUGACUUUCAGGUAGUUAUGCGUUCUGUAACUGCAUAGUUUAAUGGAACAUUAAGAUUCCCAGUUUAAAGGUGCACAUUUGUGACACCCUCAAAAAAUCAGGGGGGUAAUUUGCUCUUCUAUGCCAUUGUUAUUUGAAUUUGUUA